AUGGAGGCCAGGACAUUGACAAGACCAGCCGCAACGCUGGCAUCUCUCCUCCGCCAACAAGCAACCACCACCAUCACCGUCCCCCGAAGAGGCCACAAGACCUUCUCCCGCACAAAGCGCGCCCUCAACAUCCCUCCCCACCCCGACUUCCUCCCCUCGACCCCAGCUGCCGGCGACACAAUUAUCUACAACCCGCCCUCCGCCGCCCCCUCCGUCUACCAUACCCCCUUCAAGUUCCUCCCGGCCUCCGACCCCCGCCGCCGCGCAAACCUCUCCGCCCUCUUCGCCUCCGCCUCCCCAUCACAAUCUUCCUUCUCCGCAAAAUCAACAACACCCCUCCCCCCGGCCCUCAACGUCCCCUCCCGCGGCGCCAACCCGCGCUACCACCUCUCCAAGGACGACGUCGCCGAGAUCCGCAAGCUCCGCGCCCAAGACCCGGACUUCUGGUCCGUCUCGGCCCUCGCGCGCAAGUUCGACUGCUCCGAGACCUUCAUCACCAUCUGCACGCCCGCCCCGCGGGAGCACACGCAGAAGCUCGCGCAGAAGCUCGAGGCCAUCAAGAGUCGCUGGGGUGGUAUCCGCGCAAAGGCCCGCGAGGACCGCUCGCGCAGAAAGGAGAUGCUCUUCCGGGGUGAGCUGUAA